CUUUGCGACCGAGUGUCUACUUUUAUUUUGACAAGGCGGAAAUCCUCUGUGGCUACAACGACUCCCAGCAUCUCCCAGCAUCAGCACCAAUAUCAUCAUCUCGACGUCGGUAAUGUCGGUUAUGGCCUCAGCGGUGCGGUGGUCGCUGCUCGCCCUCCUCCUGUGGCUGCAGCUCGGAUCAGCUCCGGCCCGCAGCCUCCGCACCGUGGACCAGGUUUCUGAGGCCGACAUCCAGCGACUCCUGCACGGCGUCAUGGAGCAGCUGGGCAUCGCUCGGCCCAGGGUGGAGUAUCCCGCCCACCAGGCCACAAACGUCGUGGGACCACAGAGCAUACAAGGUGGUGCUCACGAAGGGUUGCAGCACUUGGGCCCUUACGGAAACAUCCCAAACAUCGUGGCAGAGCUGACAGGCGACAAUGUUCCCAAAGACUUCAGUGAUGACCACGGAUACCCUGACCCCCCGAACCCCUGUCCUCUGGGAAAAUCUGCAGCUGAUGGUUGUUUGGAAAAAGCUCCAGACACUGCAGAGUUCAGCAAAGAGUUCCAGAAACACCAGCACCUGUUUGACCCCGAGCACGACUAUCCAGCACUGAGCAAAUGGAAUAAGGAGCUUUUGUACCAGAAGUUAAAGGGAGGUCCAAAGAGGAGAAAAAGGAGCACAAAUCCAUAUUUAAUGGGCCAGAGACUGGACAACGUGGUGGCCAAGAAAUCAGUUCCUCACUUCUCUGAGGAGGAGGAAGAGGAGAAAACGACAACGAUGGAAGAAGUACCUGAUGGUUCUGCUGCGGACAAAUCCAGCAGUUAGACACACGGCCAGUGUCGUGACACAGUCCACUGUCAGAGACCAGUCUUAACACUGUUCAGUCAAUUUUAGUUAAGUAGUUCAAAAGUUAAAAAAAAAAAA